CAUCAUCAAAAACAAUGGCAGAUACAGUAGCAGAAGCACAAGUCGCAGCAGCCCCGGCUGCCGUGGCCAAGUCUCCCAAGAAAGCCAAGACUGCCGCAGGGCCUAAGAAGCCGAAAAAGCCAGCAACGCAUCCUCCGGUGAACACGAUGAUUCUGGCCGCCAUCAAGGCGUUGAAGGAGCGCAACGGAUCGUCUCUGCAGGCCAUCAAGAAGUAUCUGUCGGCCAACUACAAGGUUGACGUGGCCAAGCUGGGACCGUUCAUCAAGAAGGCACUGAAGACGGGUGUGACCAGUGGCAAGCUGGUGCAGACCAAGGGUGUCGGAGCAUCGGGAUCGUUCAAGCUGUCGGCCGAAGCCAAGAAGCCCGUGGUGGAGAAGAAGAAGAAGGCUACGGUGCAGAAGAAGAAAUCGGCCGCAGCUGGCGACAAGAAGAAGAAGGCAGUGACCAAGAAGGCUGCUGGUGAAAAGAAGAAGAAGGCAGUGCCGAAGAAGGCGGAAGGAGGAGCGGUUGCCAAGAAGCCCAAGGCGUCGGCAGCUGUUGCAAAGAAGCCAAAGACGGCAGCAACGGCUAAGGCUGGCGCAGCGAAGAAAGCGGCUACCAAGAAGCCAGCUGCAGCGCCAAAGCAAAAGGCGACCAAGCCGUCGAAGAAGACGGGAGCAACCAAGCCGAAGACGCCCAAACCGAAGAAGGCUGCUGCACCCGCCAAGAAGAAGCCUGUGGCCGCGAAGAAGGCGGCUCCAGCCGCAAAGAAGUAAA